GCCGCCCUCUGGGCCCUGCCCGCUCCCCCCAGCGUAACCCUCCCUCCCGGUGUCCUCUCUCCCGGGCGCAGCCUGGAAGCAUGGCGAGCCGCAGAGCUGCCAUCAAGGCCAUUGACUGGGCGGCCUUCGCCGAGAGGGUGCCCCCGAACCAGAGGGCCAUGUUCAACGCCCUGAAGACCCGCAGCGACGCGCUGUCGGCCCGGUUGGCUGCCCUGCCAGAGAAACCCCCGACCAUCGACUGGGCUUACUACAAGGCUACUGUUGCUAAAGCUGGCAUGGUGGAUGAGUUUCAGAAGAAGUUCAGUGCACUAAAGGUUCCUGAGCCAGUGGAUACACAAACUGCCAAAAUUGAUGCCCAAGAGCAGGAAGCUGCAAAGAGCACUGCUGAGUAUGUGCAGGCUUCCAAAGCCCGUAUCACCCAGUACGAGCAACAGCUUCAGAAGCUCAGAAGCAUGAUUCCCUUUGAACAGAUGACAUUCGAAGACUUGCAUGAAGCCUUCCCUGAAACCAAACUGGACAAGGAGAAAUAUCCGUACUGGCCCCACAAACCGAUUGCUGAUCUGUAAACUUGUCUGGAAGCGGUUUGUCUAACGACUGUCAGACUCUCAGAUCUCUUAAAUAAAGUGCUUUCCCUCCUGUUUGUGGCUUAGAUCUUAGACACGAGGUUGCAAGAUUUUGAGAAACGUGGAACAAUGUGCUAACUUGCAAAUAGCCCAAUUUUCCUGGAUUUUGUCUUUUCUACCCGUGAGCUUGUUCUUGUAGCAAGGACCAAGAUCCCAGCUAGACCUGCUGAUAAAACUGAGUCCUAUUGCAUCUUUUGUAGCGCAAAUAAACUGCCUGUUCACCUCGGUAA